UGGGGGGGCGUCCACGGAGGGCACCCGGGUGAGCCCGAGGGGGCGGGGGGGGCGUCGUCCAGGAUGGCGCGGGGGCUGGGCCCGGAGGAAGAGGCCCUGCGCUCCAACGCGCUGUCGUGGCUGGCCUGCGGCAUCCUGGCCCUGCUGGCCAACGCCUGGACCAUCCUGAGCAUCUCGGCCAAGCAGCAGAAGCACAAGCCCCUGGAGCUGCUGCUCUGCUUCCUGGCGGGCACCCACCUGCUCAUGGCGGCCGUGCCCCUCACCACCUUCGCCGUGGUGCAGCUGCGGCGCCAGGCCUCCGACUACGACUGGAACGAGAGCGUCUGCAAGGUCUUCGUGUCCACCUACUACACCCUGGCGCUGGCCACCUGCUUCACCGUGGCCUCCCUGAGCUACCACCGCAUGUGGAUGGUCCGCUGGCCCGUCCACUACCGCCUCAGCAACGCCAAGAAGCAGGCGCUGCACGCCGUCGUGGGCAUCUGGAUGGUCAGCUUCAUCCUGUCCACGCUGCCCUCCAUCGGCUGGCACAACAACGGCGAGCGCUACUACGCCCGCGGCUGCCAGUUCAUCGUGUCCAAGAUCGGGCUGGGCUUCGGCGUCUGCUUCAGCCUGCUGCUGCUGGGGGGCAUCGUCAUGGGCCUGGUCUGCGUGGGCCUCACCUUCUACCAGACCCUGUGGGCGCGGCCUCGCCGGGCGCGGCGGGCCGGGGAGGGCCGCCGGCCGGGGCCGGGGGCGCGGCCGGCCUUCGAGGUGCCCGCCAUCGUGGUGGAGGACGCCCGGGGCAAGCGGCGCUCCUCGCUGGACGGCUCCGAGUCGGCCAAGACCUCCCUGCAGGUCACCAAUCUGGUCAGCGCCAUCGUCUUCCUCUACGACUCCCUCACCGGGGUCCCCAUCCUGGUGGUCAGCUUCUUCUCGCUGAAGUCGGACUCGGCGCCGCCGUGGAUGGUGCUGGCGGUGCUGUGGUGCUCCAUGGUGCAGACGCUGCUCCUGCCUUCCUUCAUCUGGUCCUGCGAGCGCUACCGGGCCGACGCGCGCACCGUGUGGGAGCAGUGCGUGGCCGUCAUGUCCGAGGAAGACGGCGACGACGACGGGGCCUGCGACGACUACGCGGAUGGCCGGAUCUGCAAGGUCCGCUUCGACGCCAACGGGGCGGCGGGGCCGGGGGGCCACGACCCCACCCAGGUGAAGUUGCUGCCCAGCCGGCACAUGCUCCUGCCGCCCCACGAGCGGGGGCGCUACCUGCAGGUGCCCCUGGCCCGCCGGAUGUCCCACGACGAGAUCAACGUCUUCUCGGCCUCGCGCUCGGCCGGCUCCUUCCUCCACAAGUGGUCCUCGUCCGACGACGUCCGGACCGUCUCGGGCCCGCGCCGGGGGCCGGGUACGCCCCGCUACCCGGCGCGACGCCGGCGUCCGGACGAGGCCGGGGAGGAGGAGGAGGAAGAGGACGACGACGAGGCCGACGACGGAGGCCUGGCCGGCCUGCGCCAGUUCCUGGAGGGAGGCGUGUUGGGGGUGGGGGUCGCCUCCCGGGCCCCCGGCUUCUUCCGGGACGAGAUCACGGCGUUCAUCGACGACACUCCCCAGCCGUCGCCCACCGCCUCCCCGCGGCCUUCUCCGCGCCGGGGGCGCCGCCGGUCCCUGGGCUCGCCCGAGGACGGGGCGCCGGGGGCGGCGGGGGCGGCCCGGCGCUGCUCGCUGACUGCCGGGGGUGAAGGCGGCCUGGGGGGCUGGGUGGGCGCCUGGGGGCCGGGCGACCCCACCUUCCCACCCCUGGGCCUCUGAGCUCGGGGCUCCGCCUGGACUCGGUGGGAGAGGACCUCGUGGUGGGUGGGGGCCCGGGCCCCCAGGGACCGGACUGCGGCGUGGGGCCGGGCCCCGGGCCCCCCGAGUGGGGGUCGGCCUCCCACCUACGCAGCUAUUAAAGUGUUUCCGUGGA